AUGAAGGGUGAAACAGUAAACAUGACAUGGCUAGGUGGUAUAUGGCCUAAGAGUGGUUCAGAUGAAAAGGAUGGAGUUGGAAUUAUGGCAUUUGAAGUUGCAGGGUUGAUGUCAAAAGUUGUUAACUUUUGGCAUUCUUUGAGUGACAAUGAAGUAAUGAAUCUAAGAGAAUGGAUAUUGAAUUCAGUUGGUGUCAAAAUGCUUGUUUCUGAUGAUGAAUAUUUCUUGAUGGAACUUACAUGGAAUGAGAUACUCAAUAACUUUCAAUCUCUAACACAAUCUGUGGCAAGGUUAGGAAAAAGGUGCAAGGAUCCUAUAUAUCAAAGCUAUGAAAGUUUUGUUCAUAACCCUUUUGAGAAUUAUGCUCAAUGGUCAGGUUGGGAAUAUAGAUGGAAAAAGAUGGAGAGAAAGGUGAAGAAAAUGGAAAGAUUUGUUGCUUCUAUGUCACUUUUGUCACAAGAGAUUGAAGUGUUGGCUGAGUGUGAACAAACCUUAAGAAGAAUGAAGAUGAACCGAUAUCGCGAUGUUGUUAACAAGACAAAAUUGGUCGAGUUUGAGAAGAAGGUUAUGUGGCAGAAGAAUCAAGUGCAAAAUGUUAGAGAUUUGUCUCCUUGGAGUAGAAGUUAUGAUUAUGUUGUUAGAUUGUUAGCAAGAUCAUUGUUCACAAUUCUUGAGAGAAUCAUACUUGUGUUUGGAAAUAGUCAUUUACCUAUUGAAAACCAACAAAAUGAUUCCUCAAUAUCAAUGAACAAUAGUAUUAAUCGUCUCGGGCGCAACCAUUCAUUCCCUUCUCUCAAUGUCAUGCAAUCUUCGGUCCAUCCUUCGGAGACGAAUCUAAACGAACAUUCUUCGGGGCCUAUCGGAAGAAAGAGCAAGAGCAAGAGCAAGAAAAAGAAGAAAGAGCAACAAGUGCUUCAUUCACAAGAUUCAUAUGAAAGGCUUCUUCCCUUGGAAGGCAAACAACUGAAAUAUAUUGGAUCAUUCAAAGGUUGCAUACUGGUUCGAAACGAUUCUCACGGUUGUUCCACGAGGAAAAACAUUGAUGUCAACACGAAAUCGAUACUUGAUAAACCGUCUCUCUUUCUCAGAAGUAGAGUUUACUCCAAACUAUCUCUCAAGGAGAAGUUAAAGCCGGUUCCAUCGACACUUGGAGAUGCAGGUCUAGCUCUACAUUAUGCAAAUGUGAUUGUAUUAAUAGAGAAGAUAGUGUCAUCGCCUCGCACGAACAAGAUCAAUCUUCGAAUGAGAGACGAUCUUUACGAUAAGCUACCAACGACUAUAAGAACGGCUUUAAGGGGUAAGCUUAAAUGGUAUGCUACUGUGAAUGGUGAUAAUCUUGAAGUAGAAUGGAAUGUGGUAAUAACUCAGAUAUUGGAGUGGCUAGCUCCACUUGCAAACAACAUGGUAAAGUGGCAUUGUGAGAGGAAUUUUGAGAAGGAACAUACUUGUUUGAAAGCAAAUGUUUUGCUUGUACAAACUCUUUAUUAUGCAAACCAAACAAAAACUGAAGCUGCCAUUGUUGAACUCCUUGUUGGUCUCCAUUAUGUAUGCAGGGUUGAUAGAAAAGGGUAUAGAUUGCUUAAGAAAGAAUUAGUUGUGUAA